AUGGAGUGUGGCGGCGCGAUCGACGAACGCCGGUUCUACGCGGCCGAGCAGCUGGCGCGCGGCUCCCAGACGGACGUGCUGGUCAGCCACGUCGACUCGCCCGACGGCUUCUACGUCCAGCAGCUGGGCUACCUGACCAACAUGAUGGACGAAAUGCAGCGUGUAUACGCGGCCAAGAACGCGGCUUGCCACGCCCUGCUCAACCCGCGCAAGGGCCAGGUGUGCGUGGCGCAGUUCUCCGUAGACGGCAAGUUCUACCGCGCCGUGAUCGAGCUGCUGCUGCCGCACGCGCUGGUAGACGUCUACUACAUCGACUACGGCAACCGCGAACGCGUAGCGCUGCAGGCUGUCAAGAAGAUCGAGGACAAGUUCAUGGUCAUCCCGAUGCAGGCGCUGAAGUGUCGGCUGGCCGACAUCCUGCCGAUGGAGCCGCGCAACGGCUGGCAGGACGCCGCGCGCCGCCGUCUGAUCGAGGCCAGCGACGGCAAGCCGCUCAAGAUGUACGUGGACGGCGCGGACGCGACGGGUCACACGGUCACCCUGUACGAGUGCCGGCCGGACGCGGACGUCUCCAUCAACGCCCUGCUCGCUCAGCUGGACUGCGUGCGCGGCGUGGCGCCCAGGUGA